AAAACCCUUGAAGCUAUUGUUCUUCUCUUGUUUUCUUUGUCCACUAUUUGCUACUUCAGUUUUCUUCUGAGUUUUAGUUUUUACAACGCUAUUGGCUCUCUUGAAUUCUGUGAUAUAGGAGUGUUCGAUUAUUGAACAUAAUGGGGGAGAUGGUUAGAGAAGAUGGAAGAACAGCGAACCAGUUGAGACCACUCAAUUGCUCUCGUAACAUCCUCAACCGCGCUCAUGGCUCUGCUAGAUGGCGUCAAGGAGACACCGAAGUACUAGCUGCUGUGUAUGGGCCCAAAGCUGGGACGAAGAAGAAUGAAAACCCCGAGAAAGCUUGUAUUGAAGUCAUUUGGAAGCCUCAAUCAGGCCAGAUUGGGAAAUUGGAAAAGGAGUAUGAAAUGAUAAUGAAGAAGACUUUGCAGAGCAUUUGCAUUUUGACUGUUAAUCCAAAUACUACAACUUCGAUUGUCGUUCAGGUUGUUCAUGAUGAUGGUGCUCUUCUACCUUGUGCAGUAAAUGCAGCAUGUGCUGCCCUUGUAGAUGCUGGAAUUCCUAUGAAGCAUCUUGCCGUUGCUAUAUGUUGUUGUUUGGCAGAAAGUGGAUAUCUUAUACUGGAUCCAACCAAGCUAGAAGAGCAGAAUAUGAAGUCAUUGGCAUAUUUGGUCUUCCCAAAUUCAACCACCUCAGUUUGUACAGAAGAAGCAUCGCUUGUGGAUGGUGAACCAAUGGAACAUGGGAUCAUCACCUCUGUUACACAUGGUGUCAUGCUAGUGGACAACUAUCUUCACUGUCUAGAAAGAGGGCGUGCCGCAAGUGCCAAGUUAUCCGAUUUCCUCCGGAAGAGCUUGAAAUCACAACUGCAAAGUGACUCAUGACUCUUCUAAAGCUGCAUGAUGCCAAAAUAUGAAUAGCAAAUGCCUCGAGGAUUAACUGCUAUUAGUUUUCACUUUUGAGAAGUAGUUUUGCCAAUGUACCUUAACCUAAUGUGUGUGGACCUGAUCCGAUCCAGUGUCUUCUGUAAUACUUUAGCAUACAAAAUAGCAGCACAUGUAGCGUUUGUGGGAUGUUGGUUCCACAUUUAACAGUUUCCCUUGUUCAAUUCUAUCUAGUUUUGCAACUUCAAUAUUUACAUAAAAGAUUUCACUCUAUCUA